CUGGAGGGCCAAAACCAGAUUGACGCAAUUGCAUUAUUUUGACUCGCCGCACUUCAGUCGAGGAACCAGUCCCUCUCUUAUUGUAGACAAAGCCCAAUUUCCGAGUGGCUGGUGUCAGAUGUUUGCGUUGCCCUCAGUUCGUUUGUAAAUCCCGGAAGCAAAGAAAGCGACAACUUCUUCCCACACAGUCCAACUGGCGACGUCAUAAUGGAGCGCCUGAAGGAUUGGAUCUCGCGCGACUCUCAUGGGUACAGCGCACUUCCCGACCUCAACGGCUACGGUGAGCAGGAGAAGACGAUACCAGUAAGAGAAAGCCGCAACCGAUCAAUCUUGAAGGUCUUGUCUGCUGGUCUGGUUUGUUCCGUGGUGUUGUAUUUCCUGGCUGGCUACUUACACUCACCCACCAGCGGCUCAUGUGACCGCGCAAAGGAUGGUUUCCAAUGCAAGACCGAUAUUUCCCAUUUCUGGGGCCAGUACGCACCGUACUAUUCCGUGCAUUCGGACAUCUCGCGCUCUAUACCCAAGGACUGCGAUGUGACCUUUGCUCAGAUCCUGUCGAGACACGGAGCCAGAGAUCCUACGCUGAGCCACACCAUUGCGUACGCAGCCUUGAUAACCAGAAUCCACCAAAAUGUUCAGGAUUAUGGAAAACACUUCAAGUUCAUCAAGGACUAUAACUACACGCUUGGGGCAGACCAGCUGUCUGAUUUCGGUCGGCAGCAGCUGGUCAACUCUGGCCUCAAAUUCUACAAGCGGUACCAAGACCUCACUCGUGCUGAGGCUCCUUUUGUCAGGUCAGCUGGCCAGUACAGGGUCGUUGAGUCAGCGGAUUAUUGGACCCGUGGAUUCCACCAGGCGCGAGUGGAAGACAAGGAGGCAAAGUUUACGGAUCCUUUCCCAUAUGAUAUUCUCGAAAUUCCAGAAGGGUCGGCCUUUAACAACACGUUGAGCCAUGAUGCUUGCACAUUAGCCAACACCGGGGCUAAUGUUAGGGUUGGAUAUGAAGCUCAGGGCACAUGGGUCCGCACCUUCGCACCGGCCAUCACGGAGCGCUUGAACAAGAACCUUCCCGGCGCGAACCUGACGGACAAGGAUACCGUUGACUUUAUGGACUUAUGUCCGUUUGAGACGGUAGCCGAUCCCAAUGGCAAGGUGUCGCGAUUCUGCAACUUAUUCACGAAGGAUGAAUGGCACAGCUACGAUUACUACCAAUCGCUCGGCAAGUGGUACGGCUGGACGAAUGGCAACCCGUUGGGCCCUACUCAAGGUGUGGGUUUUGUUAAUGAGCUCAUUGCUCGCAUGACCGGCAAACCUGUCGAGGACCACACGGAUACCAACUCGACACUAGACAGCUCACCAGAGACGUUCCCCCUCGAUAAGGCACUGUAUGCAGACUUCAGUCACGACAAUGAUAUGUCGAGCAUCUUUGCGGCCUUGGGUCUUUACAACUUGACUGAGCCUCUUUCCAACACAACGAAAGCGGCACCCAAGGAGACCAACGGCUACUCUGCCAGUUGGGCUGUUCCUUUUGCGUCGAGAAUGUACGUGGAGAAGAUGACGUGCGGAGGCGAAGACGAAGAGUUGGUACGCAUUUUGGUGAACGAUAGAGUGAUACCCCUACAGAACUGCGAGGCGGAUGAUCUGGGACGCUGUACCUUGAGCAAGUUUGUGGACAGCUUGAGCUUUGCACGGGCUGGCGGAUUCUGGGAUCAAUGUUUCGAAUAGACGGGCUGCCAGUACAUAGAAUUUUGUGUAUUGCGUGUCAUGUCCCAGUAUCAGCAAUUUGCCAGAUAGGCCGCAGAACUUGGGAAUAAUAGAGCAAGCACAUGCAUGAUCGAUCUGCCAUGGCCGCGUGGCUGAAGCCUGCUAACCUAGACCAGUCUACAUGUAACUGAGCGGGUUUAUCUUGUUGUGCUUCUGUGCAACAAAACAGUUAGGGAGACAUUGCCUACCAAGCUGGAAAAUUGCUGGCCUUAGCGCGAACGUGGACAAGAGGUCCGGGUGCAGGAGCCUAGGUUAGGUUACUAACUACGGCACAACAGAUCCCCCCAUCACCUCACGUCACCUGUGGAACCAAAUCACCCCCAGACUGCUGCUACCAGUCAGCCAGUUGCUGCCAAAAAGAACUACGGCUACAGUAGUCUAGGUUUGGUUAAAGAUUCCCAGAUUCCCAGUUUCCCAAGCACCCGACCCCAAACCCAAAAUAGCCUGGGCCGAGAA